AUGCUAAGUUUGAUAUCUGUUGAUAUAUCUUACAAUCAUUUGGAGGGUCCUCUUCCCAACAGCAAAGUCUUUCAGAAGGUUUCAUUUGAGGCAUUCAGAGAUAACAACGCUUUGUGCUGCAAUAUCUCCGGUUUGAAGGCCUGCCAUCCCAAAAUGAGUGAUGGGCCGAAGGGGAAAAAGCACAACAAAUUUGUGAUUUUGGUUAUAGCUCUUGUGUUGUGUAUUUCAUUGUUUUUAUUUGGCAUGUUGGCAAUCUUUUUCAUUCUUCACAAAAGAGCCAGGAACAAAGUCAAUGAGCCAAGCCAUGCAGCUAAGGAAAAUUUGUUUGAAAUAUGGAGCUAUGAUGGAAAAUUAGUGUAUGAAAACAUAACUGAAGACAUUGAGAACUUUAACACCAACCAUUGUGUUGGGGUGGGAGGAUAUGGUACCGUUUAUAGAGUUGAAUUGCCAAGUGGUCAAGUUGUUGCUAUAAAGAAACUUCAUAAUUCGCAAGAUGAUGAGUUGGUUGUUGUGAAAAGUUUUAUGAGUGAGAUUCAAGCAUUAAGGAAGAUACGGCAUCGUAAUAUUGUGAAGCUUUAUGGUUUUUGUUCACACCCAUGGCACCUAUUUUUGGUUUAUGAGUUCUUGGAAGGGGGAAGUUUGAGGAAGAUCCUAAGCAGUGAGAAACAAGCAGUGGAUUUUGAAUGGACUAAGAGGGACAUAUCAAGCAAUAAUGUUUUGUUGGAUUCAGAAUGUGUGGCUCACAUUUCUGAUUUUGGCACAGCUAGACCCAUAAAUCCUGACUCCUCAAAUUGGACUUCAUUUGCGGGAACCUUUGUAGACACCGCUCCAGAACUUGCUUUCACAAUGGAAGUGAAUGAGAAGUGCGAUGUUUCCAGCUUCAGAGUGCUAGCAUUGGAAGUGAUAAUGGGGAAACAUCCAUGCAAUCUCAUCUCUUCCCUACCAUCAUCAUCAUUGUCAGAGUCAAAUAUCCAGGGCAUGUUUUUGAAGGAUAUUCUGGACCAAAGCCUCCCAACAUCCACGAAUCAAGUGGCACAUCGAGUGGUUUUGAUUGCAAAGCUAGCAUUUGCAUGUUUGUGUGCUAGGCCACAAUCUCGCCCAACCAUGCAACAAGUUUCUGUGGUGCUAUCAAGACAAAGUCCAUCCCUUCAAAUUCCACUCAGCAUGAUUUCAUUGGAACAAUUGUUUUGUGAUAUGGAAUUUUUAACUUUUUAA